AUGGACUUAAAACAAUAUGGAGAGCCUUAUGUAUUAUGGAUGAUCUGUUCCUUCACCAGAUUUAUUCAAGGAGCUGUUUUGAAGGAUAAAACCGCCGAGUCAGUGGUUGAAUCUCUCAACACAGCAUGGAACUGGAGGUUUGGGUUCCCUCCUCAAGGAUACUGGGCAGAUAACGGACCAGAGUUUAAGAACCACGAAGUUAAAGAGUUUGCUUCAAAACUAGGUUUUGAAGUAAAAUUUGGUCCAAAUUACUCACCCUGGAGCAAUGGAAUAAACGAACGUAACCAUUAUUCUGCAGAUAUGACGGUGAAGAAAAUUCGAGAGGCAGAUAAGAAAAUUGAUUUAAAGAAGGCUGUAGAGAUGGCUGCUUGGACUCAUAAUACAAACACCAGUAUUUUAGGAUGUAACCCUAUGCAGUUGGUGACAGGAAAGGCUGUAACAAUACCUGGAAUUUCUAAAGGAAAUGUCGCCACUGAGUCGAUGUUUGACAGUGAGAAUGUGAAGUUAAUGAUCGAGAGACAUCACAUGAUCACCAAGCAAUUCAGGGAAGCUGAAUAUUCUUCAAAGCUGAAAAGGGCUUCACAACAGCAAAACAAUAAAUUUAAUAACAUCAUUUACAAAGAGGGGGAUAUGGUAUUUUACCAAGAUAAAAUGAAAAAAAGCCUGGUGUGGUCCAGAUAA